AUGGAAAACGUUACAUGUAAAAAGCGGCAAAGAAGUGAAAAUUGGCUGGAGGAAGAUAAGCAUUUAUUGAUGGAUUUGGUAAGGGAGCGUGUAUCAGUAAUUGAAAAUAAAAAUACUGAUACAAAUACAAGCUCAAAAAAGCUAGCAGCAUGGGCAGAUUUAUUAUGCAGUUUCAACAGUAUGUGUAAAGGUGGCACUCGCACUCUUCCCCAAAUAAAAUCCCAAUGGAGCAUCAUUAAAAUGACAAAAAAGAAAAUUAAGUCUGUCGAACGAAAGAAUCUUCGCCAGACUGGUGGUGGUCCACAUCCAACUACGAACCCUGAAAAUGCAGACGACAUUUGUUCAUGGCUCCCUAACGAAUUUGUCAUUGACACCAAUGAAUUUGAUUCUGAUGAAAUAAAUCAGAUUGGGGAGCCAUCGCAAAAUAAAAUCAAAGUGGAUGGGAUAAAUAAACUUGUCAAUGUUGAAAACAAGUCUUCAGAUAAUGUGAGCAUCCAUAAAGCAUUGAGAUAG